AUGCUCGUCGCAGCCCUCCGGAGGCAAGCCCUCCAACAUGCCAGACUCACACGCAUUGCCAUGCCGAGUCUAACAAGAUGGUACGCUUCCUACCCGCCACACACCGUCGUCAAGAUGCCGGCGCUGUCGCCGACAAUGACGGCGGGCAAUAUCGGCGCGUGGCAGAAGAAGCCCGGCGACUCCAUCUCGCCGGGCGAGGUGCUUGUGGAGAUUGAGACAGACAAGGCCCAAAUGGACUUUGAGUUUCAAGAAGAAGGCGUUCUCGCAAAGGUGCUGAAGGAGACUGGCGAGAAGGACGUCGCAGUUGGCAAUCCGAUUUGCGUCUUGGUCGAGGAAGGAACCGAUAUCAGCGCCUUUGAGAACUUCACCCUCCAGGAUGCCGGCGGUGAAGCCGCGGCUCCCGCUGCCCCGAAGGAAGCCAAGUCCGAACCCGAGCCGGCUCCCGCCCCGGCACCCACCCCUGCUCCCGAGCCCGAAGAUACCGGCUCUAGCGGAAAGCUCGAGACCGCCCUUGACCGUGAACCCAACAUCUCUGCCGCCGCCAAAAGAUUAGCCCUCGAAAAGGGCGUGCCUCUGAAGAGCCUCAAGGGUACCGGCCCGGGCGGCAAGAUCACCGAGGAAGAUGUUAAGAAGGCGGCAUCUGCUCCCGCCACCGUGGCUGCUGCUGUCCCCGGCGCGGCCUACGAGGACAUUCCUAUCAGCAGCAUGCGCAAGACCAUCGCCUCCCGCCUCAAGGAGUCUGUAUCCGAGAAUCCUCACUACUUCGUCUCUUCUACUCUCUCGGUGUCGAAGCUACUGAAGCUGCGCCAGGCUCUCAACAGCUCCGCCGAGGGGAAAUACAAGCUCUCGGUCAACGACUUUUUGAUCAAGGCCAUGGCCGUGGCAUCCAAAAAGGUGCCCGCGGUCAACAGCUCGUGGCGCGACGGCGUGAUCCGCCAGUUCAACACGGUCGAUGUCUCUGUCGCCGUGGCGACCCCUAACGGUCUCAUCACGCCGAUUGUCAAGGGCGUCGAGGGCAAGGGCCUUGAGAGCAUUUCGGCCGCCGUCAAGGAGCUCGCCAAGAAGGCCCGCGAGAACAAGCUCAAGCCCGAGGAGUACCAGGGCGGCACCAUCAGCAUAUCCAACAUGGGCAUGAACCCGGCCGUUGAGCGCUUCACUGCCGUCAUCAACCCUCCGCAGGCGGCAAUCCUGGCAGUGGGAAGUACUAAGAAGGUGGCCGUCCCCGUCGAGAACGAGGAUGGCACUACAGGCGUCGAAUGGGAUGAGCAGAUCGUCGUGACCGGCAGCUUUGACCACAAGGUCGUUGACGGCGCGGUCGGCGCCGAGUGGAUGCGGGAGUUCAAGAAGGUCGUCGAGAACCCCCUCGAGCUUCUCCUCUAA